UUGAUAAUUUUUAUUUUCAGAAUUUUGAGAACUAAAGAUAAAAUGUCGGAGGUAAAAAAGCUGAAAGGAGAGAUCCCGGUCGUAACUUCUAGUAGUAUCUCAAGGGCUGAGAUUGAUCCCAAGAUGACAGAUUAUUUCAGCUUACUUCCAGCUGAAACUGUUCUCAGGAUACUAAAGUUUGUGGAUGAUCAACAUGAUCAGCUGAGCUUAGGGAAAACAUGUAAGAGAUUACUCGAUAUUUUCUACUCCAAGACAACCUGGAGCAUUUACUGUGAUUUUAAAACCGCUGCAGAGUUAGUUCCCACGAUUAGAUCAGUCUGUAUCACACCGUCCUGGGAACCUGAAUGCAAAGAUAUUGGAUUCCUGGUUUCUAGGCACCCAGAGAUAGAACGAUUCAAAGUGUGUCCUGGCCCAAAUGCAGAUGAUCACAUUAUUCGUAGGAUAAAGCAAGUUUUCUUGUCCAACUCUGAGAUAAGAUCAGAUGUCGUGGGAAGCAGCGGUCCUUCAAGUUCUACCGGAUGUUCUUCCGUCCUAGAGCGUCCGAUCAGUGCUAAGUCCUUCCAUGAUAACUUGAGGGUUCUGAUUCUCAAGGGUCUGAGUAUAACUGGUAGUUCUAUUGAGAUAAUUGUGUCUCUGUUUCUGAACUUGGAGGAGCUUGAUAUUAGCGGCUGUAGAAAAGUAACAGAUCCCUGCUUUAUCUCCUUGUAUGAGAAUGGAUCUAAACUCUCUAAGCUUAGAACUCUAGACGCUACAUAUACUUGUAUUUCUGAUGUUUCACUGAAACCAAUUCUAACAAUAUUUCCGGCGCUAACUUCUCUUAGUAUUGGCGGACAUAACAUUACUCCGAGUGGAUUUAGGAAUCUCUUCCAAAAUCAGGGUCUGUCCUAUCCAAACCUGGAGACGCUUAAGCUGUGUAAAGUAAAUAUGCAGGUGGAAACGAUGCUAGGAUCAUUACUCAAUCUCUUCCCUCGGCUUGUACUUCUAGAUCAUCUCUGCAGUUCCUUCAAGUAUCUUCGGGAAGACGACAGCCAUCUAGAAAGAUUUAAGAAUACAACCCUGGAGGAGAUAAGGAUCAGUACUCGGAUAAUGGAGGAGGAGUUUCUUAAAAAAUUCAGUGGAUGUAAGAACCUUAAGACCUUGGUUUGCACCACUACUCUCAAGGAUGAAACCAUCUUUUACUUGAGGAACAAUAUCUCUCACAGUCUCAAGAUCAAGGUUGUCCCAGAGGUUUGCGAUUAUUCCUCCUUCGCGUACGAGGACUUGGACUUGGGCGUGGGUGUGGACGUGGGCGUGUACGAGGACGUGGACGAGUACGUGGACGAGUAUGUGGACGAGUAUGUGGACGAGGGCGUGGACGAGGACGUUUACGAGGACUUGUACGAGGACGUGAACGAGGACGUGAACGAGGACGUGAACGAGGACGUGGACGCGGACGAGGACGUGUACGCGGACGAGUACGCGGAUGUGGAUAAGGACGAGUACUACGGCGAUUACGAGGAGACGGACGAUUAUUCCGCCUACGGGUACUUAGACGAUUACGAGGAUCAUAUGCCGAUGGAUUUUGAUUCUGAUGAUUUUUAUUAGUUUUGAUUAUAUAUCCUGCAUUUAAUAACAUCUGCAAUCUGUUUCUUACUGAUAGUGUUUUGGUACACAGAUGUAUUGGUUUCUUUAUCUCAGGCUUUAUUCUAUGUUUAAUAUGUUGUCAGAAAUUUGGCAUUAUUUUUAUCAAAAAUAUUGAAUUUUGUUGAAAUUUCUCAUUUUCCACCCCUUAGUUUAUGUUCCAGAAGGUUAACAUUCCGGAAACCAGUUAAAUUUUGUGUGAUCUUUUUUCUCUCGUCAGUUUUUUGUUUUGUUUGAUUGUCCAAAUCGUUUUCAUAUUUGAUUAGAUUUAAGAUUUUCUAAUAAUGGAUUAACAUUCAAAAUAUGAUUUAGCGCAUUUUU